AUGUCCACAAACACGUUCUCCUGGUUUGAGUACCAGCUACUGGCUCUGACUCUAGGAGGAGGCAUGUGUAUAUCGCUAGUCUUGUUGGAGGCAGCAUUAAGAAGAUACCACAUAUUGCCAUUAUUAUACAAUGGCAUAUUUACAGUUAAGAAGAGGAGGCUAAACUGUUUUAAUAUCGAUAUCACUGAUGCCCCGAUGGGCAAGGUAGAGGAGCCCGUCCGUAUUGUCCGUGGACCCCUCAGAUCUCAGAGUAUACGUUCUAAGGCUAAGAUGAAUCUACGCUUGACGAUGUGUAUAGUACUGUCCUAUUUAUGGCAGUUUUGUGUUAUAGACUACGUCAUUGUCACUCGUGGUGGCUUCCCUAGUGAUGAGUGUCGCAGAGGGUUUGACUGCUUCUCAUCACCUCUCAACUUUGACACCAUCUUCACUCGAGAUAUGGAUCCAGUGGAUUGUGAUCGGGAGGAGGAUUUCAAUUCUGGUGGUGGGCAGAUUAUCGUCAACUGCAUGAAGUUUGUUGACCCUAACGCUGCUAAUUGGCUGAUGCAUCUAGCUAUUUCCCACUCAUUAUGGUUACUUUUUGCCAAAGCCUUCGAGAUUAUCGUGUGGAUGGCUAGUGGUAACAAAGCCAUGACUACGUUCAUGUUGGUGCUGCUCUUACUUUACACAAUUGCCGCUAUUGCAUUGUUCUUCGCUGGAUUACUAUUGGAGUUCACCUCAUCAUGGAUAGGCUUUGUGGUAACUCUAUCAUUCCCAGCAUUCGUAGCCAUAUGCAGACAAACAGCCUUAGCAUUACGUGAGCUUCGCCGUGCAGAGAUAGCAAGACUACGAACGUCAGUGGGGACUGACUUCGGCUCGGCGGUGGAAGCUUGGACGGCGGCGGCAGCUCAAGAUGGAAGUCAUGCUCUUCAGCGCGAAAUCAUCAUGGAUGAUACUUUGGAGCAGGGUGCUGAGGGUAUGCGUAAGCGAGUGAACAAUGCUAUGCAACGUAUAUACAGCCAGGAUACUUAUGGCUUAACACUGGAUAUCGGUGCUGUUAAUGUCGAAGUGCCUCCACAACAGUCUAAGUUUACUACCCAACGGGUGGAUGGUCGGAAGAAUGAUGUGUACUCUAGUAAUGGUAAUACUGCUUCGCAUCUUGAGUGA